AUGCAAGCCGAACUCAACAUGAGCGCACGGCAAGAAGAUCGCGAGGGCGACUUGCGCGCCCGGGAGUUAUUCCAUUACUUCCAACCCGAUAAUCCGGCUUUGAUGCCGAGUGGACAGCGCGACAACCGACCGUGCGAAUCCCCCACUGCUGAGAAACAAAGUCCAAAUCUGGUGUUAACGGCCUUAGCACAGUUGGCCGCAUUGAAAUUGGGUGUUCAGCGCGCAGUUAUUAGCUUAAUUGACCGCGAGACACUUUACGUGAUAGCAGAGGGAUCACGAUCGCUUAAUUUGGCAAAUAAUGACCGAUAUGACGAAGUUGGCGACGGGCUCUGGGUGGGGUGUUCACGUGGACCAGUCGCGGGAACUUUGUGUGAGAAAACCAUCACCCUAACGCCUCCGCAAGGGAAGCAACAUGCCUUCUUCGUUGUAGAGGAUUUAAAAGAAGAUCCGAACUUCCGCCAUCUAUCUUGUGUCGCAGAAGCACCGCACUUCCGGUACUAUGCCGGCACACCACUGAAGACUCCCAACGGGACCAAUAUUGGUAGUCUGUACGUGAUCGAUCCUCGACCCAAUCACUGCUUGGCCGAUCUCGAAAAGGAAAUGCUUGGAAAUAUUGCAGAUGCAGUGAUGGAGUAUCUGGAGACUUCUCGUCAGUCGUUGGAGGCAAAUAGGUUGACCAAGUUAUUGGCUGGCUUAAAUGCUUUUGUGCAAGGCGAGUCUACUUCGGAUGCCUCGCGCGACUCGACACACGAUCUCGGUCGAUCGGAUCAUCUCGCCGCGUCUAUAUCACGCGUCCAACAAAGUCCUGAUGCCAAGGCUGAGGAGCAUAAAGUCAGGGCUAAAAGCAGAAGCCCUCCACCACUGUCAUCCACUCCACCGAGCAGUGAUUCUUUUCCUGAUGAGAUGUUUGCUGUCACAAUUCCAUCUCCAACUCGCAAUCGGCUACAAAGAUCACCGCGAUCGAAGACUGAGACACGCCAAGAUCAGAAUGAGAACAGAACAAAGCGGACAUUCCAGUAUGCUGCCAACGUAAUGCGUGAAAGCCUGGAUCUAGGUUCAAAUGGUGGUGUAGUCAUCGCCAGCACGGGCGAUGAUAUCGAACAAGAUUGUUCUGAUCUUUCGGACGGGGAAAAGGAGAAAAAACUGGCCAAAAUCUGGGCGGUAUCGGAUACCGACCACGGGCCUUUUGAAACCAAAGAAGAAUCUGGUUUGUAUCCAGCAUCACAGAUGGAGUCGAGAUUUCUCAGGGAGCAUGGUGGAUACCCAGAGGUCUUCGCAACCUCAACUUUCAGUGCACCCAGAGUCACUCCGGUUGCUUCGGGAGAAGGACCUCCAGUUGAUGAAGAGGUAUUUCCCCAACGCGACGAGGGUUAUUUUCUCCCCCUCUGGGACUCUCUUAAUUCGCGAUGGUUUGGUGGUGCUUUCUGUUGGAGUCGAGCCGAGACUCGAGUGUUCAGUGCACAUGUCGAUCUCGGUGGACUCUUUGGAUUCGGCUCUUCCUUGAUGGUCGAGCACAGCCGUAUUCAGAGUCAAGAAUCGGCCAAGCAGAAAGGUGAUUUCAUCAGUACCAUGUCACACGAACUACGAAGUCCCCUGCACGGAAUCUUAGCAUCUAACGAAUUAUUAAUCGAGCACGUCAAUUCGGAAUUUGCUAAACGGCUGCUUGAUACUAUACGUGCUUGUGGCCAAACUCUCCUGGAAACCUUUGAGCAAAUUUUAGAUUUCACUAAAAUUAACUCCUUUGAGAGGGAGCCAACUAGAUCUCGCUCGCCCCAUGAACGACCCCAGCGUGCCCAGCCGCAGUCAUUUCACAUAGUCAAGCAGGUGGAUGUCCUGACAGUCAUUGAAGAGGCGGUUGAAAGCGUCUGCUCUGGGCAAAUGUUGUCAAGUAUGAUGAAUGGAGGCGGGGCGACUGUUCGACGGUGGCAAUUGGAUCCCAAUGAGGAUAACAACAGAGAAUGGCAAAACGCCGACGGCAAAAAAGUAGACGUCUUUCUUGAAGCUGCCCCUCAGAGUUGGGUCUAUGUCUUAGAGCCUGGUGCUUUGAGACGUGUCGUCAUGAACGUAUUCGGAAACGCAUUAAAGUACACCGAAGCUGGUUCUGUUUCGCUCCAUAUCGAGGCCCAGACUUCAAAGAAUGACAAUCCUGCGCUCUUAUUGACAGUUUCCGAUACGGGCAAGGGCAUUUCGCAUGAUUACCUUCGUUCAAAUGUUUUUACACCAUUUUCACAAGAGAAUCCGAUGUCGCCGGGUGCGGGACUUGGUCUUUCACUCGUUCGAGGUAUUCUUCGUUCGCUGGGUGGAACCAUUGCGAUCAAGAGUCAACGUGGCAUUGGUACGGUGGUGAAAAUGACAUUUCCCCUUACACAUUCCCAGCAUCACAAGUUUUCUGAAACACAGCUUUCUGUCUCGGGAGCAUUGCCGUCUAAUGUGUCCCCCAUCGAUCGUGUUACCGCGAAGCUGAAAGGAAGAAGGGCAUUCUUUUAUCCCGUUGAAGACUUUCAAGUCAGCAAGCCUUCAUCAUCCAGUAUGAUCAAACAAUAUCUAAUCAACUGGUUUGGUAUGGCAAGUGGAGACCAGGCUGUUCCUACGGCAUAUGAUUUGGUGGUCGUUGACGAGCGUCACUUGGAUCAAUUCCCAGUCGCGUAUCACCAAUCCAACCUGUUGGUCUUGUCUCAUCGAGGUCCUAGCCUCUGGUCAACGGCUACUUCAUCCAAAAGGCGACUCAUCAACGCCACAUGGUUGACUCUUCCGUGUGGGCCUCACCAGCUAGCCAGGACACUUUUGGAAUCCCUUCAAAGUUUGGACUCAAAUAAAGCCAAUACAUCCAAUGAUUUAGCAGGACAUGAGCAGAGUGGUGAACGCCUCCAAUCAAACUCAAACGACCUGCAGAUCAGAAAAGAUCUUCUUCUGCCGCCUGAGGUACCGGUCGAAUCAACCACCUCACCUCCGUUAGUUCUGUCCUCUGUCACAGACAAAUCAAAAACAGAAUCCACUAUCGCAGAACUGGAUUUGCCGGUCCACCCCAUGAAGGAAACACAAGAAACUCAACCUUUCCCAUCAACCGAAGUAAAGAACGGCCCACGAAUUCUCUUGGUAGAGGACAACGCCAUAAACCUCGCACUCCUGAAAAAGUACAUUUCAAAAAUACCCACACAAGUUCUGGACUGCGCUGUGAACGGUUUGAUGGCCGUUGAAUUAGCGCAGAAAAUGCCUCAAGGCUAUGACUAUAUCUUUAUGGACAUUUCUAUGCCUGUAAUGGACGGAUUUGAGGCAACAAAGGCGAUUCGAUCAAUAGAAGCGAAACGAGGCACGACGUCUCCUGCGCAUAUUAUCGCGCUCACUGGCCUGGGGUCGGAUGAACAUAUCAGGAAAGCUUUUGCGGCUGGUGUGAAUGUUUUCCUUAGGAAGCCGGCUUCCCUGAAGGACAUUUUGGCCGUGUUGAGGAAAUAA